CACAAAGUCGUCACUUUCAUGAAGAAUGAAUUGAAGAGACUCAAGAAGCUCCUGAGUCCAGAUUACCCAGAAUCCCCUUGUGAUGAUGAGGACAAUGAGGAGGACCAGAGAGAUGCCAGAGACGGAGCUCUGAAGAUUGCAGCGCACAUCCUGAGGAACAUGAGUCAAGAGAUCCUCGCUCAGCAGCUGGAGAAAUACGGAAUGUUCCCUAGAUGCCAACAAGAGCUUAAAUAUAGGCUAACAAAGAAGCUUCAGAGAGUAUCUGAAAGUGUCCAUAAUGAGGGAAAGCCUACCUUCCUGGAGACAGAUCUCUACAUGACAGGUGGAGAAAGCCUAGAAGUCAAUACUGAACAUGAAGUCAGACAGAUUGAGAUGGCGUCCAAGAGAAAUGUAACAAAAGGGGACACACCAAUAAAAUGUACAGACAUCUUCAAGCCCUCCCCUGGACAAGACAAACCCAUCAGAACUGUGCUGACAAAGGGAGUGGCUGGCAUUGGAAAAACAGUCUCUGUGCAGAAGUUUAUUCUCGAUUGGGCUGAAGGGAAAGCCAAUCAAGAUAUCAGUUUAGUCUUUCCUCUUCCUUUUCGGGAGCUGAACCUGAUGAAAGACAAACAUUUCACUCUUAUGGACCUGAUUCAUUACUUCUUCAGUGAAACAAAGGACUUUGCCUUCUCCAAACCAGAAAGAUACAAGAUGGCUUUCAUCUUUGACGGUCUGGACGAAAGCAGACUUCCUCUAGACUUUCAACACAGAGAAUGCAUCUACAGUGUAACAGAAUCUGCCUCUGUGGAUGUCCUUCUCACAAACCUGAUCCAGGGAAAUCUGCUUCCCUCCGCUCUUGUUUGGAUCACCUCCAGACAGGCAGCAGCCAAUCAAAUUCCUCCUGAAUUUGUUGACCGGGUGACUGAAGUUGGGGGUUUCAGUGACCCACAGAAGGAGGACUAUUUGAGGAAGAAAAUCACAGAUGAUGAGCUGGCCAACAAAAUCAUCACACAUCUGAAGUCAUCCAGGAGCCUCUACAUCAUGUGUCACAUUCCAGUCUUCUGUUGGAUGGCAGCCACUAUUCUGGAGUGCAUCAUGACUGAAGCAGAGAGUGGAGAGAUUCCAAAGUCUUUGACUCAAAUAUACACACACUUCCUGAUCAUACAAUCCAAACACAGGAGUCAGAAAUAUGGGACCCGUGAUAUGGAAGCACUCUGGAACCUGAGGUUCAUUCUGUCCCUGGGAAAACUGGCCUUUCAGCAGCUGGAGAAGGGCAAUCUGAUCUUUUAUGAGGAGGACCUGAGAGAGUGUGACAUUGGUUUGAUAGAAGCAUUUGUGUACUCAGGACUGUGCACUCAGAUCUUCAGAGAGGAGGCUGGGCUGUACCAGGGGAAAGUGUUCUGCUUUGUUCAUCUGAGUGUUCAAGAGUUCCUUGCCGCUGUAUAUGUGUUUUUGGAUAUUAGCAUGAGAGAGGGCAAUAUCUCUGACCAGCACCAAACUUCUCAACUGCAUUCACUGUUCAGUGCUAACAGACUUAAUGACCUACACCAGAUAGCAGUGGAUCUGGCCUUAAACAAUGAAAAUGGACACCUUGAUCUUUUCCUGAGGUUUCUUCUGGGCCUCUCACUGGAGUCCAAUCAGAAACUCUUACAAGGCCUGCUACCACAGAUCAGAAGCAGCUCACAGAACACAGAGCAAACAGUCAAAUACAUCCAGGAGAAGAUCAAAGAAACCUCCAGUCCAGAGAGAUGCAUCAACCUGUUCCACUGUCUGUAUGAACUGAAUGACCACUCCCUGAUGGAGGAGGUCCAGGGCUACUUGAGGAAGGAAAAUAAAUCUCGAGGGAAUCCCUCUCUUUCCCAGCUGUCAGCACUGACCUUUGUGCUGCUGAUGUCUGACCAGGAGCUGGAGGAGUUAAAGCUGUUGGAUUACGGUCUCCAUGCUGGAUCAGAUGAAGGUCUGCAGAGGAUGCUGCCAGCAGUUAAAGCAACGAGAAAAGUCCAGAUGAGUUGGUGUGACCUCACAGAAAAGAGUUGUGCGGCUUUAGGUUCAACUGUCAGCUCAAACUCCUCCAGCCUGAGACAGUUGGACCUGAGUGUUAAUAAUCUGGGAGAUUCAGGAGUGGAGCUGCUCUCUACUGGUCUGGAGCAUCCAAACUGUAGACUGGAGAAACUUGAACUAUGGCGUUGUGAGCUCACAGAGAAGAGCUGUGCAGCUUUAUCUUCAGCUCUCAGAUCAAACUCUUCCAGUCUGAGACAUCUGAACCUGAAUUACAAUAAUCUGGGAGAUUCAGGAGUGGAAUUUCUUUCUACUGGUCUGGAGCAUCCAAACUGUAGACUGGAGACGCUGAAGCUGUGGAGUUGUAAACUCACGGAUAUGAGCUGUGCAGCUUUAUCUUUAGCUCUCAGCUCAAAUACUUCCAGUCUGCGACAACUGCAGCUAAGUGAAAAUAAUCUGGGAGAUUCAGGAGUGGAGCUGCUUUCUACUGGUUUUGAACAUCCAAACUGUAGACUGGAGACACUGGAGCUGUGGGAUUGUAAACUCACAGAGAAGAGCUGUGCAUCUUUAUCUUCAGUUCUCAGCUCAAACUCUUCCAGUCUGAGACAGCUGGACAUCAGUUACAAUAACCUGAGAGACUCAGGAGUGAAGCUGCUUUCUACUGGUCUGGAGCAUACAAACAGUCAACUGAUGACACUAGAGCUUAAGGGUUGUGACCUCACAGAGAACUGCUGUGCAGCUUUAUCUUCAGUUCUCAGCUCAAAGUCUUCCAGUCUGAGACAGCUGGACCUGAGUGGGAAUAAUGUGGGAGAUUCAGGAGUGGACCUGCUUUCUACUGGUCUGGAGCAUCCAAACUGUAGACUGGAGACACUGAAGCUGAGGGGUUGUAACCUCACAGAGAUGAGCUGCAUAGACUUAUCUUCAGCCCUCGACUCAAACUCUUCCAGUCUGAGACAGCUGGACCUGAGUAACAAUAACCUGGGAGAUUCAGGAGUGAAGGUGCUUUCUACUGGUCUGGAGCAUCCAAACUGCAGACUGGAGAAACUGGAGCUACGGAAGUGUAACCUCACCGUGAGCUGUUCAUCUCUAGCUGCAGCUCUCAGAUCAAACCCCUCCAGUCUGAGAGAGCUGGACCUCAGACACAACACACUGCAGCCGUCUGGAGUGGAGCUGCUUUCUGCUCUACAGAGAGACUCUACAUAUAAACUGACUCAACUAGAGUAUUAACUGGGGAGAAAUCAAACAUCCGUCAGUGUGACUGGUGACUCAAUAUCAGAUGAUCAUCCAACUGCCCCACACAUCAGCACUAUGUUUCUAUAUGUUUAAUGCUAAUUUAAAAUAUUUAGUUUGUUAUGAAGUGACGCAUUGAUUAGCAUU